AUGGAUUUGAGCUCGUAUCUGUGGAUGGUGAUAGUUGGCUUCAUCAUUGCCUUCGUCCUGGCCUUUUCAGUCGGAGCCAACGAUGUGGCAAAUUCAUUUGGCACGGCGGUGGGGUCCGGUGUGGUCACUCUGAAGCAGGCCUGCAUUCUGGCCUCCAUCUUUGAGACGCUGGGCUCCAUGCUGCUCGGGGCCAAAGUUGGAGAGACCAUCCGGAAGGGCAUAAUAGACGUCAACCUCUAUAAUGAAACGGUACCUGUUCUCAUGGCAGGAGAGGUCAGCGCCAUGGUUGGGUCGGCAGUCUGGCAGCUAAUCGCCUCCUUCCUCAAACUGCCCAUCUCCGGGACCCACUGCAUUGUCGGAGCCACCAUCGGUUUCUCCAUGGUGGCCAUCGGAACAAGGGGCGUACAGUGGAUGCAGCUUGUUAAAAUUGUGUCUUCAUGGUUCAUCUCCCCUUUGCUGUCUGGGCUCAUGUCCGGGCUCCUCUUCAUGCUCAUCAGACACUUCAUCCUCAACAAGGAGGAUUCUGUCCCCAAUGGCCUGCGGGCGCUGCCCCUCUUCUACGCCUGCACCAUUGGAAUCAACACGUUCUCCAUCAUGUACACCGGAGCCCCUCUGCUGGGGAUAGAGAUGUUACCGGUGUGGGCCAUCUUCCUCAUCACUCUGGCCGGCUCAAUCGUCUGUGCAGCUGUGGUCUGGUUCGUCGUCUGUCCUUGGAUGAGGAGAAAAAUAGCAAGUCGGCUAAAGAAGGAGCAGGCCCUGUCCAGGAUCUCCGACGAGAGCCUGGACAAGAUCCCCGAAGAGGAGGAGGAGAGCCCCGUCUUCAAAGAGCUGCCGGGGGCCAAGGGCACGGACGAGGCCGUGCUGCCGCUGACCGGGGGCGGCGGCGACCGCGGCGCCCGCGACCUGGGCGGCGAGUUCAGCAGCAUGGCCAACGGGGGCACGGUCCUGCCCAACGGCCGCGUCUACGGCCGGACCCACUCGAUGACCAACGGCUGCCUCAAGUCCCCCGUCUCCAACGGCAGCUUCAGCUUCGACGGGCACACGCGCAGCGACGGCCAGGUCUACCACACCGUGCACAAGGACUCGGGCCUGUACAAGGACCUGCUGCACAAAAUCCACCUGGGCCGCAUGGACGACGGCGAGCGCGAGGCCUCCGCCGCCGGCCCCGCCGACAACAACUACCGGCUGCUGCGCCGCAACAACAGCUACACCUGCUACACGGCCGCCAUCUGCGGCAUGCCCGUCCAGCCGCUCAUCCGCUCCGAGUCCCGCGACGACAGCGAGAAGCUGGUGGGCGAGGCGGGGGGCCGGAGCAACAGCGUGUCCUACUCCAAGAAGCGCAUCCGCUACGACAGCUACUCGUCCUACUGCAACGCGGUGGCGGAGGCCGAGAUCGAGGCGGAGGAGGGCGGCGUGGAGAUGAAGCUGGCCACCGAGCUGGAGGGGGCGGAGGGCGAGGGCGCCCCGGCCCCCGUGCCCCUGGACGACCUGGCGGAGGAGGACCACGAGGAAAAGGACACGUCGGAGGUGUUCCUGCUCUUCCACUUCCUGCAGAUCCUCACCGCCUGCUUCGGCUCCUUCGCGCACGGAGGCAACGACGUCAGCAACGCCAUCGGGCCCCUGGUGGCGCUGUGGAUGAUUUACGACCAGGGCGGCGUGAUGCAGGACGCCGCCACGCCGGUGUGGCUGCUGUUCUACGGCGGCAUCGGCAUCUGCGCCGGGCUGUGGGUGUGGGGCCGCCGCGUCAUCCAGACCAUGGGCAAGGACCUGACUCCCAUCACCCCCUCAAGUGGGUUCACUAUUGAACUGGCCUCUGCACUCACAGUCGUGUUGGCUUCCAAUAUCGGAAUCCCUGUCAGUACCACACACUGCAAGGUAUGA